ACCAAAAACACUCUCAUGGCGGAUACCAAUUACACCAAACAAAAGAAACGUAUUGAAAAAUUGUACGAAGCUUUGAAAAAAGAAACCCCGUAUGUGGCCCAAGUCUGCGGUGAUCAGCCUCCUGAAUACCCAUUGCAGAGAAUUAGUAAGAGUCACAACAACACAUUCCUUCAUCUGGCCAUUCGCUUCAAACAAAAGGAUCUAGUAAACGAGUUACUGCAAAAGUUGACCGCAGACGGCUGCCAUCCACUUUCCAAUAUCAAAAACGACGAAGGCAACACUAUACUCCACCAACUAGCCUCCAGCAAUACCAUGAAAGAUGUAGCAGAGAAGAUGGUGGAGAGAUAUCAGGUCGAAGAUCCGAUGUUGCUAAUUGCGCGUAACGACUUCGGAGAAACGCCUAUUUUUGGUGCAGCCCGCUAUGGUCAAAUUGAAAUGUUUAAGUUUCUGGCCGUGAAAAUGGAUUUAAACAACAGGAGUGAACGAGAAGUUAAACGCCAUUUGCAGAGGGAUGAUAAAACAACAGUUCUUCAUAUUUCCGUCACCACUGAGUGUUUUGACUUGGCCCUCAUCAUUGCGAGCACCUACCCAUGUUUAAUUGAAGAAAAAGAUCAUGAUUCAAUGACUGCUCUUCAAUAUCUCGCAUGCAAUCCAAGUGCAUUUGGAAAGAAUAUGAAAAUGAGACAAGGAGUCAUGGAGGAACUUAUGAUCACAUUAGAUCCAUUUAAAGAGCUUGGGAAUAACCUCAAGAAGAUAUUCAAUAUGUGCACCAGCAAAGAUAACACCAGCAAAGAUACCAGCAUGAAAAGUUAUAAAAGAUGCUCUCCGACACUUCAAAGACUCAUCAAGGUUUUGGUAGAGAAGGAUGCUUCAUGGCAUGCUAGUAUUGAUUCUCAAGAAGUUGUCCCAAGUAACACUAAAGAGUUGAAAAUAGAAGAGCACUCCUUUGAAUUGCAUCCGAAAAAAGAUGGACAAGAGUCUCGAAAAACAGAAGGACAAAACCCUCAAAAAAUGGAAGGGCAAAACUCCAACAUGAAUAGGAAGAGCGAUGAAACUCCAUUAUUUUUGGCAACAACAUCAAACAUUAAAGAGAUUGUUGAAGAAAUACUCUUAUAUCAUCCUAUGGAGCUUGAGCAUACUAAUAAGGAGGGAAUGAACAUAUUACAAGUGGCAGUCCGUCAUCAUGAUGAAGAAAUUUUUGAUAUGUUGGUAAAGUCUGAAGUGCUUCCAAGAAGACUAUUUUUAGCUACCGAUGACCAAGGAAACUCCUUACUACAUAUGGUUGGCCAAAUUAAUAUAAAAAAUCAAGUCAAUGAAAAGAUGCAAAAUCCUGCAUUCCAGCUACGAAACGAGUUGAUGCUCUUUCAGGACGUGAAGAAAGCCUGUAAGAUGCAUUUGACCGAGCCUCUCAACAACAAUCACCAGACUGCUGAAGAAUUAUUUGCUGUUUCUAAAGAAGAUCUCCAUCAAAAAGCCAAGGAAUGGCUAAUGCGUACAGGUGAGAAUUGCACCAUUCUUUCUGUUUUCAUAGCCACUGUUGCCUUUGCAGUAGCCUACACCGUACCAGGGGGUUCUGAUGGAACCACCGGUAUUCCAAUCCUUAAAGGUAAACCCUUGUUUGUGGUUUUCAUUAUGGCUGAUGUGAUCUCCCUCACUUUCGCUUUGACAUCUGUGGGUAUAUUUCUAUCCAUCCUUACAUCCACAUUUCCACUACAACACUUCGAAACCUAUCUUCUUAAGAAGCUGACGCUGGGAAUUAAAUUUAUGGUCUUCUCGGUCUCAAUGAUGGCGGUGGCGUUUGGAGCCACUAUAGUUCUGAUCAUGACACAUAAUUGGGAAAGUGUCUUUUGGUAUGUGGUUGCAUUUCUUCCUGUUCCCAUUUUCUUUCUCUCAUAUUCACCUCUACGUUCAGCAGUCCUGAUGCGCAGCACAGAAUUGGUCAAAAAAUUUGUUCCAAUCCUCCUUCUCCCCUUUUUAUUUCCCACUUAUGGGGCUUACAAAGGACAGCGCUGGACCAAGAAAAAGUUUCAGUUUUGUUGGAAUAAUACCCAAUCACCUCAGCCAACUGCAGCUCCUUGUACUCAAGUUUGAAAGAAGAAGAACUCUUUUCAGAGCACACGCAUGGAUGAAUGAUAACGUAUCACCGGAAUUGUCCUCUCCUUUUCUAUUUCCAAGUAGUAAUAGAACAUGUCUGUGUGAAGUUAAUUAGCAUUGUGAGAGUGUUGUAUUAAUUGAUGACUCAUUAUGAUGCAUGUAUGUUUUAAAUUUUAAUUUUAGAGAUUCUAUUUAACU